AAUAACUUUUAUAUUUUGUACAGAGUUCAAAAAGUAUUUAUGACGACUCUGCUAUGAUCAAACGACAGUAUCUUUUUUUUUUUUGGUUGGUAAACGGAUUUUAUACGAUUAUAUACGAGAAUCCAGAUUUAGGGGAACUUUUUUACGAUUAAACAAUUAAACAGAUCAUAGUUUGUGUUACAAGGUGGAAUAAGUUUUGUUUAUUUAUUUUUGUAAAAAGAAAAAAAGAAGCUCGUGGUGCACGUAGAAUAUAUUAUGAUAACAAUAUUAUCUCUCUUUUUUAAAGAAAAAACCACUACAGAGAAACAGAUCUAAAGGUCGAUCCAUCUCCCCCCUGGUUCUGUCUCUUACGUUUUGAUCCAUAGGGGAGAGAGAGAGAGGGAGGGAGAAUGGAGAGAAGGUUAUGUGACAGAGAUGGAGCGAUCUUCGCGGCGAUGGUGGGGACGGAAUUCACGAACGUGGUGGUGAAUACUCUGUUCAAGGCGGCUACUUCGAAGGGCAUGAGCCCUUUUGUCUUCCUCGUUUAUAAUUACGCCAUUGGAGCUCUUCUUCUUCUUCUUCCUUUUGCCUCCCUCUCCCUCUCCCUCAGAUCAAGUUCGCUUCCUCCAUUGAGCUCCUCAAUUCUUUGUAAAAUCGGUCUUCUUGGGCUACUAGGAAGCGUAUUUCUGAUGUUAGGCUUCAAUGGCAUCAAGUACAGUUCCCCAACCCUAUCCUCAGCAAUGGCCAAUCUCACCCCUGCUUUUACCUUUAUCCUCGCCGUCAUUUUCCGAAUGGAGAAGGUCUCCAUCAAGAAAAAGACGAGUAUAGCCAAAGUGACGGGGACCGCAUUGUCAAUAGGAGGCGCAUUUGUCGCCACUCUCUACCACGGCCCGGCGGUAUUCUCCGCCCUGUCUCCGGCGUCGGAUUCUCUCCUCCGGCGUCGGCCUCUUCACUCCCCCUCCGAGUGGGCCACCGGCGGAGGCCUUUUGGCUCUCGAGUACAUCAUCAUUUCCGUCGCUUACAUUCUUCAGGCACAUGUAAUGAAUCGAUACCCAUCUGCGGUUAUAGUGACGUUCUCUCGCAAUGUUUGCAUUUCGGUUAUGUGUGGUAUGGUUGGUGCCAUUGCUGAAAAGAACAAUCCAAGUGCUUGGACCUUACGAUUCGACAUAACUUUGGUCAGCAUCGUUGCAGGGGGGAUUUUAAACACAUGGUAUUUCGUAAUUCACUCAUGGGCGGUGAGUCACAAAGGGCCAUUGUACUUGGCAUUGUUCAAGCCACUGUCCAUCGUAAUCGCCGUGGCAACAACUGCAGUAUUCCUCGGAGACUCUCUCUACCUCGGAAGUUUGGUCGGAGGAAUAUUGAUAUCGACAGGGUUCUACAUGGUGAUGUGGGGGAAAGCCAAAGAGGAGAAGACCAGUGACCACAUUGUUUCGCCACCUUCGGAUAAAGUUCCUCUGCUCAGAAAUUAUACAACCGAUCAAGCCUAACGUCGUUGUAUAUAUCCAUCGCAUAUUUAUUUAGUUAUAUCUAUUUAAUAUACGCAAAGGAUAAUCCAAUGGAUAUGGUUAUAUAUAA